UAUGUUAUAAAUUUGAAAAUAAUGUCAAAUGCAUUGAAAUGACUGAUUAAGUAAUGAAUGAAUGAAUUGAAUUCAAGUGACAAAUGAGUGAUCAAUAGACAGAUGUCUCCAAAUGUAUGGCAUUGAAGGUAUUGAAGGCAUUGAAGGCAUUGAAGGCAUGAAAAAAAACAUUGAAAGCACUGUUCAUAUGAUUUGUUGUACAAAUUGUUUAAUACAAGUGUUUGCUAUUUGAACCACAAUUUGUACCAAAAAACAGAAAUGAAUAAAGAAUUUGCAGAACUGAAGAAUGAUUUAAUAAUCCGUGCGGCGAGAGGUGAACGGACAGAGCGAACACCGGUGUGGGUCAUGCGUCAGGCGGGACGGUAUUUGCAAGAGUUUAGACAAUUUAGACAAAAACACGACUUCUUCGAGAUUUGUCGCACACCAGAGUUGGCCGCAGAAGUGACUUUAAUGCCAAUUCGUCGCUUCGAUUUGGACGCCGCCAUCAUCUUCUCAGAUAUUCUGGUUAUUCCUCAAGCAUUGGGAAUGGAAGUACAAAUGGUGGCCUCCGUUGGUCCCGUUCUUCCAAAACCUCUUGUAAUACCACAAAAUAUUAAUGAUUUUUUAAAACAAGAUAUUGAUGUGGAAAAAGAGUUGAGUUAUGUUAUGGAAGCGAUAACUCUGACCAGACAUAAACUCGAAGGAAAAGUCCCGCUAAUAGGCUUUUCCGGCGCCCCAUUCACUCUCAUGGGUUAUAUGAUUGAAGGCGGCGGUUCUAAAACGUUGUCUAAAACUAAGAAAUGGUUGUAUGAAUACCCCGAAGAGAGUGUCCGACUUUUAAAGUUAUUAACAGAUGUCGUAAUCAAGUACUUAGUGUCUCAGGUCAAGGCUGGCGCUCAGUUACUUCAAGUUUUUGAGUCUAGCGCUGGCUUUUUGGGACCGAAAUUAUUUAACCAAUUUUCACUUCCUUUCAUUCAACAAAUCAGUAGUUCUGUAAAACAGUCAUUAACUGAUCUGAAUUUACCAACGGUUCCAAUGAUUAUUUUUGUUAAAGAUUGUCAUUUUGCCAUUGAAUCUCUAAGUCAUUCACAAUAUGAUGUGAUAGGUAUUGACUGGACUAUUGAGCCGUCGAGAGGCCGACAAUUAGCCGGACAAUCGGUUACUCUUCAGGGAAAUCUCGAUCCGUGUGCUCUCUAUGCCGACAGUCAGCAAAUUGAAGGAUUAGUUAAAGAUAUGAUUGAAAGUUUUGGGACCAAUAGAUAUAUUGCUAAUUUGGGUCACGGAAUAUAUCCCGACGUAAAUCCCGAUAAUUUAGCAGUUUUUGUAAACGCUGUCCAUAAGUAUUCACAAAAUACUGAUAUAUAAUGCAAUCUC